UGUCAGAAGGCACUAGUUCGUUUAAAAUAGAAGCAAAUAUUUUAUUAAACCGUGUGAACAUAUUUGUCGAUUUUCCGGAUGAUAUAAAGUUUUUCAUAAGAUUGGACGAUUCAAAAUACAGAUUCGCAUCUAUUGACAAUCACGAAUUCCAAAUAGGAUGUUUACGAGCUUUUGGUACAAGUCCAAGUGAAGAAGGAUUGUGGGAUCAGAUUGCAAAUAUCAAAAAUGCACAUAUUCUACUUUUAGAAGAUGAUACAAAACGGAAUACUGCAAAAUUACCUCUUGAUAAGAGUCAAAAUAAAAUGAUUUGCGUUCAGAUAGAAGCUAUUCAUGUUCGUAUUCCAUACAACUAUAUUCUUGCUAAUGUCAUUGAAAGUGCUAUUAACUCAACUAAGGUAAUAAAACAUUUACAAGAACGUCUCUUUGUUCCUGAUGAUAUAUAUAUCGUGGAUCCGGAAGAGGAAGGGCCAAAGUAUUUGCCAACUAUUCAGCUCAAAGUCGGAGUUCUAACCUUCCGAAUAGAAGAUGAUCCGUUUGAAGCAAAGCUUUCUGCUAUUUGGAAACUCGGAUAUUUAGAACAACAGGCCAGAUUGGGAAGAGAGACUGCAUUUGAAGCAAAAGCUAAAGUUAUUAGGUCACAUGAAUAUCAUCAGAACGCAAAGGGAGAAGGUGGAUUAGCGCCAGAUAACGCUAAUGUGUCAUCAUUACAAGACGGUGAUAAUUCCGAAUCUCCGCGAUUUGGUCCUUUCCGUCCUCAACCUUCUCCACGAGCAAAUUUGAGCGUCGAAGAGGCACGUGUUGUCCUCAACGAGUUCAAUUCUCGGAGUUGGAUAAAAUGUGUGAAAACGUCAAUAUUACAUCACAAGUUCGAAUAUCCAUGUGAUAACCUGCCUAUUUCAUUAGCUACACGGUCUCAGCAUCCAGCCUUAUUCAGAAUUACCAUAGAGAAAGCUUUAUUGGUUCUUUCUGCGCCCUCGUUUCCAAUGAACGAACUUCCCCAUUAUAUGUAUAAAAUGGGUAAAGGAUUGCCUUUGGAUACAAAAUUUGCUUUUUUGGUACCCAUACAUUUGAAUUGCAAACUAAAAGAGGUUUGGGCUGAAAUUCGUGAUUAUCCAUUACCUUUGGCGCACAUUCCUUCUGCCGAUUCAAUUAAUGGUAAGGAGCAAUAUUCAUGUGAUAUCGAAGGACAUCUUGUAGUUGGCGAAGAAUUGAAGGGGCUUGAGUCGAUAAGAAGAAUUAACGUGCAAAUUGCCUCGCAAUCUAUCGGUGAUAAUGAUUAUAAUAUCGUCGUACCCCGUACAUGUUCACCUGUAAAAUUAUACUCUGAUCUUCAUAUCAGCAUAAGUUCAUCGCGUCCUACUGUCGUUUCGUGGGGUAUUGCUACACAACCUGCUAUUCAAGAUUUUGCAAAAGUUUUUGAAAGUUUCGCAAAGCCAAGUCCGGAUCCAUCCGAACCCGUUGGUUUUUGGGAUAAAAUUAGGCUCAUGUUGCACUUCCAGAUAUUAAUGGACUUUAAGGGUAAUAGUAAUGUUCUAUUUUUUUCAAAAGGAUCGCGAGAUCCUUACCUUGUUACUGGUUCAGGUGCUGGUUUUGUUUUAUGCUGGAGAAAAAACGUAGAAGUUAGAUUAGGGUUUGCAAAUGAACAAGAUGAGCUGCUACAAAUAGACAGCGAAGAAUUCAUUGCGGCCAUCCCUAACUUAACCGCUUUGGUUUCUUAUGGGGGUCUAAUCCCUGAUAGCGCAUUGUUUGAAUCUUAUGGAAUGCAACAUGAUGUUACUAAGAAUUCGGAAACAAGUUCAGUUAAAACAGAGAAUUCAAGUGAAACACCAUUUUCCGAUAGUCCAUAUUUCAAAUUCUUGAUGAAAAUUAUGAAUUUUUGUGGAGGUGUUAGGUAUGGUGUUGGAUGUCAUUUUAAUCGUAGUUGCAGCCUUAAUUCGGGAGUGUGUUCAACUUGUAAUGGGCAAGGAAAGUGUCGUUUUAAGGAUUUUAUUCCUCAUUAUCAAAUAGCUACAAUACUACCACAAUAUGCCAUUGCACCAAUAGGAGAAGUACAUGAUUCUUUUAGGGGAUUUCGAUCAGAUUGUAUUCAUCUGUCAGUAAGCGUUACCUGUCCAUUAGAUUGGGAUGAGUCUAUCGAUUUGCGACAACACGAUAAAUGUCAUCCAAAGAAUUCAAUAAGGUCAAGUCCUAAAGCGAUUAUGCAUGGAUUAUCUUGGGCGUCGUUAUUCGAUCCUGCAAUGUCAAUUCCAAUUCGUCAAGGAAAGUUAUUCCCGUCCCUUGCGCCACCAUCUCUCAAAUUUCCAAAAUUUUUACAAUCGAUCAAAUUAAAGAUAUGUGUGGGAUCAUUGUUUUUAAGUAGUUUUUAUAGGGAAGAAUCAUUAUACGAUCCACUUGAUGGUACAAUAAAUAUGGUUGGAAUCAAAGCAAAAAUUGGAAGGUUUAAACAAGACAUUCAUCUUAAGAUGCAAGAAAAUACAAUUAUUUUAGAAGGAAAAGAAGUUAAAAGCCGUGAUAUAAUUUUUCAUGAAGCAGAGACCGAUUUGAAAGAUCUAGAUGUUCGAGGCAUUGCGGUUCGGUAUAUGGAAGGCGCGUUUCCUAAGUUCGAUGAUAAUGAAGUUUACCGAAAAGAAUCUCCGCAAAUGAUGUAUUAUAAGCGUGCUGAUAUUCAAGAAACUGAAGAAGAAAAGAAGAAUGACCGGGCGACCCAUGUGUGUCUCAUGGGACAAGGAGGAGACACGAGGCAUAUUCAAUUAGAUUUUCUUGCAGAACGAUCAAAUCAACUUAGUCAAGAUAUCAAACAACAAGCUAAAUUAUUGUCAGAUAUUGAAGAUAAAAUAAUUAAUAAUCCUAAUAAUCAAGAACUCAAAGACAUA